AUGACUGCAGGCUGUUACGCUACUCCACAAUUCCAGUUCUCUGGAACCCCGGGAGGAGCAACUCAGCAGUUCUUCCUUAGUCCUCAAAAUCCCGGCGCGGCGGGAGCACAAACAUUUCUACAAUGGUCUGCAGCCGCUCCAGGCACUGCAGGAGCCCUCCACUUCCAGCCACAACCAACCCAACAAGCUAAUCCGGUUGCUGCGGCUUGGCAAGCUGUUUCGACUAUGGGUGGUGUCCAUAAUUCCGGUGGUACUUCUUAUCAUCUCCUUCCUGUCGGAUGUCCCACCUCAAACUUCACCAGUCUAUUACUGUCUGACCAUCAGCAGCAAGCUCAACUCGCUCAGUGCACAAACGCUGCAGCUCAGCUACAACGUGCCCAACCAACCAUCCAGAUGCAGGCGGCGCAGCAACCGCAGCAGCAUCAACAACAACCACAGGCACCUCAAUUUCAUCAGCAACAGCAGCAGCAACAACCUCAACUUCAGUCGCAGCCUCAACAAUUCCAGCAGCAACAGCAAGCACAAGCUUACAUUCACUCUCAGCCACAAGCGGCGACAAUGCUUGCGACUGAUGUGACUGUCAGUGGUCAACCGAAUGCUGCCUCAGUUGCUGGAUCUGCUCCACAAUUUAUAACUUUGGCUCCGGGUGCGCCAUUGAAAGUGAUGGCUGUCGGCCCGAACGGACAGCUGAUUCAAACUACUGGUUUACCCCAGUUCAUGCCUACCGCUGCUGUUGGGAUGACUUUCAAUCAGCAGGCACAAGCACUUCAGUCUGCUCAACCCACGACAGUCACUAUGACAUCUCAGCGACGAGUUGCCACACCUCAACAACAGCAGCAACAGCAACAAGCAAACGGUCGAACAGCCAUCUCAACUGCGGCAUUUUUCGCUGGAACUACAGUUUCUUCCGGUACUAUCCCGUUAGUCCAAACGGCGGCCGGUGGUGAGGAUCUUAUCACCUCGGCAGUGGGCCCCAACGCAUUGAGUGCUGGUGAUGAGAAACUUGUUUAUACCGCUCUUUGA